AUGAGUAUCUCCACGUCCGUUAUCUACGUCGUUUUGGCUAUAUGGGCAGCGAAGAAGCUGGCAAGCCUACUACUUUUCAAUGCCAAAAGGUCACCCUAUCCUCCUGGCCCCAAACCGCUGCCUUUGCUGGGGAAUAUUUUUGAUAUUCCUCCUAACAAAUUUGCGCAGACAUACGCUGAUUGGGGAAAAAAAUAUGACAGUCCCAUUCUUCAUGCGGAAGCUCUAGGAAACCACCUUCUAAUCCUCAAUAAACGCGAGGAUGCAAUUGAACUUCUCGAGCAGCGCGCAAAAAUAUAUUCCGACAGACCUCAGAUGCCAAUCAUCAAACUUAUGGGAUGGGAGUAUAAUGUAGCACUCUUAAGCUACGGCGAUGAAUGGAGACAGCAUCGGAGGAUCUGCCAACAAAACUUCAACCCCCAAGCAUCUCUGAAAUAUGAAUCGAUACAAAUGACUAAAACUCAUCAAUUCCUUCAAGCCCUCCUCAAGACGCCGAAAGACUACGAUGCUCAUAAUAACGUCCUUUCCAUCGGUCUGACAAUGGCCAUGAUGUAUGGUUAUGACAUCAAAUCUCCUCACGACCCAGUCAUUGAAACCGCGGAAGCGGCUACUAUCCUUGGAGGUCGCCUCAUGGCGCCUGGCGGUAGCCUCAUCAAUGUUUUUCCUCUUCUUCGUCAUGUCCCACUAUGGUUCCCUGGAGCCAUAUCGCGAAAUGCGGCCGAAGAAGUGAAAAGGUUAACCAACGAAGUGGUGAGAAUCCCAACGGAAUUUGUAAAGAAAAGCUUGGCGGAUGGAACUGCUGUGUCGUCUCUAGUCACUGAUUUUUAUGAGAAAAAGUAUGCCGGUGGUGGAUCUGACGAAGAGGAGUUUAUAAUCAAGAAUGUUGCCUAUACAGUCUAUGGUGGUGAGUGUAUUAUCGUGAUAUCACGGAGGUCUAAGGAUGAACAUAUGUACCCACUUAAAGCGGCUUCGGAUACUACGAUAUCCGCAUCUGGGACCUUCUUCCACCAAAUGGUUCUCAAUCCGGAAAUUCAGAAAAAAGCGCAGGCCGAAUUAGAUCGCGUACUGGGAACAAAAAGACUUCCGACAUUGGCGGACCGCAAGUCUCUGCCUUACAUUGAGGCCAUCUAUCGGGAAGUCUUGCGCUUCAAACCUCCUAUUCCCAUCAGUGUACCGCACUCUGUCACUACCGAUGACACAUUCAAGGGAUACUUUAUUCCUGAAGGCACCACUGUUUUCCCCAAUAUUUGGGCUAUGACACAUGAUGAAGACGUUUAUCCAGAACCAUUCGCAUUCAAACCUGAAAGAUUUUUCGACGAAAACGGCAAGCUAAAUAAUGACGAUAGGGUUCUGGCGUAUGGUUUUGGACGCAGGAUAUGUGUUGGUAAAGCGAUCGCCAGCUCUUCAUUGUGGCUACAAAUCGCGUCUGUUCUUGCCUGCUUUACCAUUGACAAAGCCAAGGACGAAAACGGCAACGAAGUCGAAAUUAAUAACGACUACGAAGAGUCCGCGUUGCUUGUGCGCAAAUGCAAGUUUGAUUGUGAAUUCAACGUCCGUUCCCCCGACUUCGAGAGACUCAUUUUGGAAUCGUCUUAA